UCAGAGAGAGAAUUUGUUCAAAGGCAGCAGAGAGUUACGGUAGGGAAGGUAGAUUUCGUCCCAAACAUAUAUAAAAAAAAAAAAAAAAAGUGGCCUGUUUCCAGAACACCACCUUCACUUUCAUAAAAACUCUUCCAAAUCCCAACUUCCAACCCAGGAACAAACCUUAUUGAUUUACUUCCAUGCCUCUUCAUGGUCAUCCGACGCAGAAUUGGCCCUAAAACCCCUUCUAAACCCACUCCCUAGUCUCUUCACUAUCUAAAUUUUCAAUACAAAUUCCUUUUUCUAUAUAUUUAUUGUUUAAUCUUCUUCGAUUCCUAUCUCACGCGGUCGCGCCUGCAAAUUUCCGUAAAUUACAAUAAUGUCUAACUCGGGGGGCUUUGCCGUGACGCGGACUCACGGCUCUGACCGCUUCUACAACCCUCCGGCUGUUCGGAGGAACCAGCAGUUGGUACUGCAACAGCAGCAUCAGCAGCAGCUGCAAAGACGGUUGAAGUCUCCUGCCCGAGUAGACCCGGUCGAAGCCGAAGCCCGUAACGACUCCGACGAGUCGUCAUUGUCGAGGCCCAACUCAGUUUCCUCUUCUUCGCCGCCGAGAACUGCUAAUUUGACUAAUUUGGAUCGCCUCAUGGAAUCAGUCACCCCCUUGGUUCCGGUUCAGUUCUUAUCCGAGCCAAAAAAGAGGGGAUGGAGGACAGCUGAAGCUGAUGGGAAUCUAUUCUUUUUACUUGGGGAUCUCUGGGAAUCUUUUAGAGAAUGGAGUGCUUAUGGAGUAGAAGUGCCGCUUUUACUGAAUGGGAGCGAUUCUGUUAAGCAGUAUUAUAUCCCAUAUUUGUCAGGCAUUCAAUUAUAUGUUGAACCGCAUAGGCCAAGGAGGCCUGGGGAUGACAGUGAUGCUGAGUCUUCAAGGGAGACAAGCAGUGCUGGUAGCAGUGACUGUGAAACAGAAAAGCGAGGCAGAGGGAGUGUUGACAGUGCUUGGAUGCAGCGCAACCUGAUGAAUGUUAAUUCUCAAAGACUGAGCAGAAUAAGUGUGAGAGAUAGACCACCGCUGAGUUCUUCGAGUGAUGAAACUGAGGUCUGUAACUAUCCAGGGCAGCUUGUGUAUGAAUAUUUUGAGCGAGAACAACCACACUUCCGUCCACCUGUUUAUGACAAGGUUACUAGUCUUGCCUCCCAAUUUCCAGAUCUAAAGAAGUACAGAAGCUGUGAUCUAUUGCCUUCAAGUUGGUUUUCAGUGGCUUGGUAUCCAAUUUAUAGAAUACCUGUUGGCUCAACGCUAAGAAGUUUGGAUGCAUCAUUCCUAACCUUCCAUUCAUUAUCAACUCUUUCAAGAAGCAAAUUUGAACCACAAUUUCAUGCUUCUAGUGCCAAGAAGGUCCGUGGUGUUAAUGCAAAGAUUUCUCUCCCAGUUUUCGCCCUUGCUUCCUAUAAGUUGAGGGGUUCAAUUUUCACUCCCGAUGGAGGCUCUGAGUGGCAGCAAGCAAACUCUUUAUUGCAGGAUGCUGACAAUUGGCUGCAGCGUUUGCAGGUUAAACUUCCUGAUUUCCAGUACUUCAUAAGCCAUAGCUCUCAAUGGAGAUGAUGUUCCCCGCGCCCCCCCGGGGGGAUGAGUUGAAAAGUUCUUCCACAUUUCAGAGAACCCCGCGUUGGUGUUGGAUGAAAUAUGUUGAAAACUUACUGACUUCCUUGAAAUCCUCUUGCUAACCAUCUGGAUUCAGCCUCUUAAAAUUGUGGUAGGUUUCAUGAUAAAAAUUGCAGUUUACUACACUGGAUGCGAAGAGUUGCCUUUAUACCAUUGGUUGGGAUUUGAAGUCAGUUGAUUAUCCGACCAUAUUACAUUGGAGUCUACGAAAUCUAUGAAAUGCUCGUAGGCAAUACGGAUCUGUAAUUCUAUUUGCUUAAUGAUAUCCCGGCAUGAUAUAACUGCUAUGGAGACAUUUAUAUUUUAUAAUUUUAUAAUGCCCCUCUUUUUUAUUCUUCGUGGGGCAGUUCAAACAUACAUAGUCCUGGUAUAGGGAGCCUAUGACUGUACAAUUUUCUGAGUGUUCAGGCAUUUAUUUACAUUGAAAUUUGGCAAAGGUGACAAAAAAUUA